ACUGAAAAUGAAAAGAAAAAAACAUCGCAAUGCACACGCUUUAAAUUUUCCACCAGACAAGACUUAUUUCAUUUUCCACCUUUUUCUGCUAUUUAUAUCAAUCUCCUCCAUAGCUACCCAACAAUAAACAAAACAAAAAAAUAAAUACUUACUUAAAAAUAAAAACAAAAAGGGUUGAUUCUUUUUCAACCCUAAGAAAUCCGAUCAUUCAUAUCAUUAUUUCCCCUCAUAUCGAAAUUUAAAAAAAAAAAAAUGGUUCGCGUUAGCAAUUUCAUAAUUUCAUUUGUUAAUGUGUUAACAUUUAUGAUUGCAAUUAUGGCCAUAGGAUUUGGCCUUUGGUUUAAAGCUGAUGAAGGCAAAAGUCUAUGUCAAAAAUCAUUAUAUAUGCCUUUGUUACUAUUUGGGGUUGCAAUUUUAGUGCUAUCAUUAUUGGGAUUAAUUGGAUCAUGUUGUAGAGCAUCAUUUUUCUUGUGGAUUUAUUUGUUUUUCUUGUUUUUGCUCAUUGUUGGGAUGAUUUGUUUCUCUAUUUUCACUAUUUUGGUGGCUAAUAAGAAUGUGUCUAAAGCAUUGUCUGUGAAAGGUGGUAAUGAUGCUAAAUUUGGAGAUUGGGGACAUUGGUUGGAGAAACAUAUUGUGAAUGACAAAAAUUGGGGUGAAAUUAAGAGUUGUAUGGUUACUUUCAAGUAUUGUCAAACCAUGCCUCGUGGAAAAUCUGGAGAUUUCUACAAAUAUAGCCUCCCUCCUGCUCAGUCAAGUUGUUGCAAACCACCUACUUACUGCGGCUUUGAGUUCACCAAUGCAACAUACUGGACUAUGCCAAAAUCAGGGCCAGCAGUGCCACACAGUGACUGCAAGACAUGGAGCAAUUCACAAACUGAGCUUUGCUUCAAUUGCCAAUCAUGCAAGACAUCAUUCGUUGACGCCAUUCAAAGAAAUUGGAACAGAAUGGCACUUACAAACUUUUGUAUAUUCGUUUUAAUAAUCAUCAUUUACUCUAUUGGUUGCUGUGCUUUGAGGAACAACAGAUCAAAGGGAUACUACAAACCUUAUCUAUAAUUUUUAUUAUGGUUUAAUUUCUAAGUGAUAAGAAGAAGGCGCUUAAUAUUUGGGUUUAAGGCUAAUUAAUUAACUGUGACAUUUUGCUGCAUUUUUGUUUGUGAGAAGGACUUGAGUACCAUUUUCGUACUAUUAAACAAUCUGUAAAUUCCCAUUUG